AUGGAACAAAUUAAAAGUUAUCAACUUCAACUUGAUAGAGAGUUGUCUAAAUAUCCACAAAUUGUUAAAAUAUCAGAAAAAUGUAACGUGCCCAAAACAUAUUUGGUUGAAGGUGUGGCUGGUUUCGUCAUUUUAUUGUUAUUUUUUAACGUUUGGGGACAAUUAUUCAGUAACUUGGUCGCUUGGGGAUAUCCUGGCUAUCGAGACCGCGAAAAAGGAAGACGAUACCCAGUGGUUAACUUAUUGGACUGUGUUAGGAUUCAUUCAUACUAUUGA